GGUUUCUAUUUAUAGCUCACUGUUUAUUAAUGAGUUGUCCAGCUUCGCACUUCCGUCUAAACCGAAAGUUAGUGUAUGGAAACGAGGCUGGGGGAAGCAUUCUCGUUUUGGCGCUUAACCUUUUUACGUAAACAACAGUAUAACUCUGGUCCCAUCGAAAAUCACGAUCAAUUUACCAAAUUCUCAGGACAAUAAAAAUGGAAAAUGGAACAGUUUUCAACGUGUUUGGACUCCCCUUGAACGUUGUACUGAGAUAGGUUUAUCUGUCUGCACUACGGCAGAACAGUAAAUUGAUCAUUCGACUGGAACUGUGCCUGGAAGAUGGCGGACGAAAAGGACAUCCCCGUUUUGGAAGAAAGAACACGAACUAUGACAGAGAAAGGUUUAGAGUACAAAAAACACAUCAAACGGACAGAAAGAGACAGUGCUCUAAAAAAUUUGACUAGUGAAUCUGACAUACUUAUCAGUAUUCUAGAUGAAACAGACGAUCAUGGUGUAAUAAGAGGUGGAUAUUCGAAGUGGAUGACACUGUAUGAGACCCUCCUUUACGUAAAUGAGGAUUAUCAACAGCUCCUCACAUCUGCAGAAAUCAAAGAAGAUUCCUUUGAAUCAAAGGCUGAGGGGUUCACUGACAUUAAACGUCGUGCUGAGGAGAAGUUGAUGAGACCAACACAACGAAGUGAAAUGACAAUCUCGCAAAAAAGUGUAAAAAGCAACGCCUCGAGCAGGAUUUCUAUCGAAAGAAUUAAGGAGAGCCAAAGGAAGGCAGAACUUUUGGCGAGAAAGGCUGCCUUUCAGGAAAGACAGAAGAUAGAAGAAGAAAAGCUAAAAACGAAAAUGAAAGAAGAGGCGUUAGAGUUAGACACUGAAAUCAAAGUGAGUGAGGCGAAGGAAAAAGUGUUGGACGAGCUCGAAAGCGUGUUACAGGACGAUAGACUGUUUUCUAAUAUGGAGAGCCCAAAGACAGGGGGAGCAGACCAUCACCAUGGAACUGUUGGCCCCAAUGCACAACAGACGUCAGUGUGGCAACCAUACGUGCCACAUUCCGAUUGGACUCCUCAACUGAGAACGACAUCGAAAAGUGCAGUUUCCGAGCCCCAUAUCACGUUCCAGGAACAGACAACGACACAUGCCCAACCAUCUCAACCGGCAUCUAGACUUGCGACGACAGGAGCAAACAUGUAUAGUGACUUAAAAACUGUUGACAAUGCUGGACACACCAUUGCUCAGUACUUGAGCCGAAAGGAUGUUCUGAAGGGCAGACUCUACUCUUUUAGUGGCAAAUGCGAACACUACUUGUCAUGGAAGGACACAUUCACAUGUGUUAUGCUUGAGGUUGGUGCCAGUCCAGCGGAAGAACUUGACAUGUUGUUGCGCUGGGCAGGUACAGGCUCAAGGCAGAUUAGCAGCAUAAAGUCUGCCAACUCGGACAAUCCCCAACUUGGAUUGUUCCGUGCAUGGGAUAGAUUAGACACACAGUAUGGCUCACCUGAAAGAGUAGAAUUGGCCCUCAGAACCAAACUUAACAAUGUACCAAGGAUCACAUUUAAGGACAAAAUGAAACUUUUUGACUUAUCUGAUGUGUUGGCCGAAAUUUCUGCUAUAAAAAGCAAACCGAAAUACUCAGCUCUUCUUAGCUACUUGGACACUGCGGCCGGUGUUAAUCCCACUAUUAACAAACUGCCAGUACCAUUCCAGAACAAAUGGCGUGACAAGGCACUGUUUUACAAAAGAUCACAUAAUGUCUUAUUCCCACCUUUCACUUAUUUUUGUCAAUUUGUCAAUGAUAUGGCUGUUGCAUACAAUGACCCUAGCUUUGAUUUCGAUGUUUCACAGGUUUCGCAGGGUACAAGCGACACAAGACAACGCCAACAACGCCCGACUUCAGUGACGGUCAACAAGACAUUACAGAACGCGGAAAACGACCUGAUCACCUGCCCUCUGCACAGAGACCGACACAAGCUCACCGAAUGUAGAACUUUCAAGCACAAGAGCCUGGAAGAACGACGACAGCUCCUGAAACAGAACGGUAUUUGUUUUAGGUGCUGUGCAGGCCGACACCUCUGCAGGGACUGUGUUGAAGCUGUCCGGUGCAUUGAGUGUAGUUCAACAAACCACUCGACCCCGAUGCACGUAUUCAGAGCAGCUAGAGAUCACGGCGGGGAGAGAGGCCCCAAGCAUGCGGAAGAGGGUUCAAGGUCUGACAUGAAGGUUGAUUCGAAGUGUACCGAGGUUUGCGGAAAUAAACCAGGAAAAUCAUGUGCCAAAAUUGUUUUAGUAGACAUCAUGCACAACGACAGCAAAAGGCCGCCUUUACGAACAUAUGCCAUCAUAGAUGAUCAAAGCAAUCACUCACUUGCGAAAGCGGAAUUGUUCAACCAAUUUGAUGUGAAAAGUCCGGCGUCCCCAUAUUCCUUGAAAAGCUGUGGCGGCCGAGUGACCUUGACAGGCAGGCAAGCAAAUGGUUUUGAGGUACGAUCGAUAGAUGGUUCCGAGCGGCUUGAACUCCCUAUUCUCACCGAAUGCGACCUAAUCCCGGACAACAGAAGAGAAAUUCCAACACCUGAAGUUGCUGCCAACCACACCCAUCUGAGAUGUAUCGCCGAGUCCAUCCCACCACUGGACAAUGAGGCUGAAAUUCUACUGCUCAUAGGAAGAGAUCUUAUGCCAGCCCACUACAUCUUAGACCAAAGGCUGGGCUGUGAAAAUCAGCCUUUUGCGCAGAAGCUGAGAUUAGGAUGGGUGAUCAUAGGGGAAUGUUGCUUGGAUGGCAACCAUGUGCCACAGGACCUGAACAGCAUGAAGACCUUCAUAAACAGAAAUGGCCGCCCAUCUCUCAUGGAGCCUUGCGAAAACGCAUUCGAAAAGGAGGCAUUAUUUGCAACCUCCAGAGACGACAAUAGGAUUGGCCCAUCACAAGAAGACAAAAAGUUUUGUAGCUUGAUGUCCACAAACAUGAAGAGAAAUGAAGAAGGGAAUUGGGUGGCACCAUUACCAUUCAAAGAGCCAAGAAACAUCUUGCCAAACAACAGACCAAAUGCGGUCAGAAGAACUGCCAGCUUCGUUUCGUCUCUUCAAAAGGAUCAUGUUAAGAAAGAACACACCCUGGACUUCAUGGAGGACCUCUUUGAAAAGGGACAUGCAGAGAAAGCACCACCACUUGAUCCGAAAGAAGAAGCGUGGUAUCUACCACUGUUUGGCGUAUACCACCCAAAGAAGAAAGAUCGUAUCAGGAUAGUUUUUGACUCUUCAGCCAAAUACAACGGAUUAUCUCUGAAUGAUGUUCUGAUGACCGGUCCAAACCUGACCAACAACCUUCUUGGCGUCCUUAUGAGAUUUCGUAAGGGCGCUGUUGCUGUCAUGGCAGACAUACAGCAGAUGUUUUACAGUUUCCUUGUAAGACAAGACCACAGGAGAUACCUGAGAUUCGUAUGGCCAGAGGACAACGACCUCAGCAACAACUUAUUGGAUUACCAAAUGAAUGUCCACGUGUUUGGAAAUAGACCAUCGCCUGCUGUGGCAACUUAUGGUCUUCACAAGGCAGCAGAGAUGGCAGCGUCUACUGUAGGUAAAGAUGUCGAAAAACUUGUGAAACGGGACUUUUAUGUAGAUGACGCCCUUACCUCCCACAACUCUAGUGAGGAAGCCAUUGAUCUUUUGAAGAGAACCCAGCAUGCACUACAAGAAUUCGGAAACAUCCGGCUUCACAAGCUAUGCUCUAACUCUCGUCAAGUUUUGGCGGCGUUCGACAAGGACGACCUUGCAAAGGAUCUGAAAGAUCUAGAUCUGGAAAACGAGUUUCCACUGCAGAGAAGUCUUGGGGUAUGUUGGAAUGUCCAGCAAGAUACAUUUACCUUCCGCGUCACCCUAGAUGACAACGCCUUCACCAGAAGGGGUGUUCUAUCCACAAUCAACGGCCUCUAUGACCCCAUAGGUCUAGCUGCAGCAUUUACAAUCACAGGGAAACUUCUACUGCGAGAAAGUCUCACCGAAACCCUGGGCUGGGAUGAGCCCUUACCUCAUCGGCUGUUGGAAAGAUGGUCUCAUUGGAAGCAAUCACUAGAUGCGUUGAAGAAAGUGCAGAUCCCAAGAAUGUACUGCCCCAAGUCAAACGACGACAUACAACAGAGAGACCUGUAUGUGUAUUCAGAUGCGUCGGAGAAGGCAGUAGCAGCAGUGGCCUACUUGCUGUCAGUGGACAAGAACGGCGACAAGCAUCUAGGAUUUGUCCUCGGAAAGGCAAAGGUUGCACCUAAGCAUGGUCAAACGAUUCCACGACUGGAGCUAUGUGCCGCCGUUUUGGCCGUUGAAACCUAUGACAUCUGCCAACAGGAGCUUGAUCUUGACAUACACCAAGCACACUUCUUCACAGACAGCAAAGUGGUCCUUGGAUACAUCUACAAUGAAACACGUAGAUUUCACAUAUACGUUGGAAACCGGAUAGACCGCAUCAGGACUUCCACUAGACCAGAUCAAUGGCAUUAUGUUCCCUCAUCUCUGAACCCAGCUGACGAUGCAACACGGGGAGUGGCUUCCGAAGAUUUACCGGAGAGCAAAUGGCUGAAGGGAACUUGCCAUGCACUGAAGGACAGCGACACUAGCAGGGACAUCUCUAAGUUCCCACUUGUGCUACCAGAAGAAGACAAAGAAGUGAGAACUCUCAAAACAGAUUUCAAUAAGAGGUGUUCUCUUGGUUGUGAAAGGUUUAAGAGGUUUUCAUCAUGGACCGCGGUGGUCAGGGCCAUUAGCCUGAUUCAGAAUCGACUCAGAACUCUUUCAGCAGAACAGACUCUCCGUGAUUCUGUUUAUAUUCGGGAACUUGCACAACUCGCGGUCAUACAGGCUUUACAACACGAAAUCUUUGCAGAGGAAAUCAGGGCUUUGACAAACAACCGCCAGCUUGCAAAGAACAGUCAAAUACGCAAUCUCUCACCAUACCUGGACAAGGAUGGCAUCCUUCGAGUCGGGGGACGUCUGAAUAAUUCGCAGCUGAACUCCACAGUUAAAACCCCCAUCAUAAUCCCUCGACAUCAUCUCAGUAUGCUGCUUGUUCGUCACUUUCACGAGAAAACGUGUCAUCAAGGCCGGCAACUAACUGAAGGUGCUGUUCGCAAUGGAGGCUUUUGGAUUUUGGGCAGCAAGCGACAAGUAGCUUCGUGCAUACACAACUGUCUGCAGUGCAGACGCUCUCGGACUAAGCUUGAAACUCCAAGAAUGGCUGACCUUCCGUCUGAUAGGCUGAACCCAACACCACCAUUUACCAACGUUGGCAUUGACGUCUUUGGACCAUGGCAGAUCAUGACCAGAAGAACUAGAGGAGGGCAGGCAAAUUCAAAACGCUGGGCCCUCAUGUUCACCUGCUUAGUUGUACGAGCUGUACACAUUGAGCUGCUGGAGGAGAUGACCUCAUCAUGCUUCAUCAAUGCUUUGAGACGAUUUUGUGCCCUGCGAGGCGAGGUGAAGAUGAUCCGGUCAGAUUGUGGCACAAACUUUGUUGGUUCAACCGCAGACUUGGAAGCAAACGUGAUAAAUGUGGAAAACAAACCACUGAAGGACUAUCUAGUUGAUUCCGGAAUCAACUGGGUUUUUAACCCUCCGCAUUCUUCUCACUUUGGCGGCGUCUGGGAGAGGAUGAUUGGGGUUGCAAGGAAAAUCUUGGAUGCCAUGCUCUUGAAUGUGAAACAACUUACCCACGAGGUCCUUCACACUCUUAUGGCUGAAGUGAGUUCCAUCAUGAACGCCAGACCACUUACCCCAGUGUCGACGGAUCCAGAGGUUCCCUUUCCGCUUACGCCAGCGACCUUACUCACCAUGAAAACAAAUCAUGUUGUAGAAUCAUUCAAACUGGAAGACUUCAAUGGCAAGGAUCUUUACAAGACGGAAUGGAGACGUGUUCAGCAUCUUGCGGACACCUUCUGGUCCCGUUGGAAAAACGAAUAUUUGCCAACACUUCAAACCAGACGUAAGUGGCAAGACGAUGGAAAGAAUGUGACAAAUGGAGAUGUCGUUCUUCUUCGAGACAACUCCGUUCACAGAAAUGAAUGGCCAAUUGGUGUAAUCGUCAGCACCAAUGUUAGCGAGGACGGCAGAGUGCGCUCUGUUGAUGUAAGGCUUGGGAAAGACAGGAAAGUCUACACUCGGCCUGUCUCAGAGUUAGUCUUACUUUUGUCAAAGUAACUUCAUGCAUAUACAUUGUAUAUUGUCAUUAUAGAGUAGAACCUGUCAUUGCUGGACAUAUUUUAUGCAUCUGAACUGCAUUGGCUGAUUACAUGUUUUUCGGAUGCAUUUUGUCUGUACAAAUUGAUUAUAUCGAAGAACAAUACUCAUUGAAAAAUUUUAAUUACUCUGUAAUACAUAUUUACUCUAGAAUGUAGCUGCAAAAGACAGGUUCUAUAGUUGGAAGGUUUUGCAGCAAUUUUGAGUCCCUUAAAUUGCUGGUUGUUUUACUGAUGCAUAAUGUUUAAUGCAUAAUAUUUUGAAAUUUAGUAAAUAUUUUAAGUGUAUUUGUUAAGAUUGAAGAUGGACAAGUCAUGUGGCCUUAGACAAUUAUGUUAAUAAUGUUAAUACAAUAAUGUUAAUGUUUUAGUGAAAUUUAGUAAUUUCAGACGGGGAGUGUUCCGUUUUCACGGUUUCUAUUUAUAGCUCACUGUUUAUUAAUGAGUUGUCCAGCUUCGCACUUCCGUCUAAACCGAAAGUUAGUGUAUGGAAACGAGGCUGGGGGAAGCAUUCUCGUUUUGGCGCUUAACCUUUUUACGUAAACAACAGUAUAACUCUGGUCCCAUCGAAAAUCACGAUGUAAGCAUACUUGCUUUAUUAUUUUGUUGAUCUAUAUGUACCUUGAUAUUUGUUAAACUAUGAUCUUCAUGUUUACACUAUGCCAUUAUUACGAAACAAUGAUAACAAUGUGCUUUCUGUACAACUGUGUAGUGAGAAAGCACUGUAUGUUUUAAGGUCAGUUUAAUGCUGUUUUCUCACAUUUACGUCGUUAAUCGAAAUCUGAUCUAGUCAUUUCUGUAUGUUUUCAUGAUUUCUUAUGUCAACGUAUUCAGUGAUCCGUACCUCUAGUCACAGAGAACGUUAGGAUGCUUACUGUUUAUUGUUUUUGAAUAACGUAUCUAUUUUUAGACUUCUAUUGAGAGCGAUGUUAAUGCAAAGUACAUGGGAAGUAACCGUUGAUUUAUUUAGCUUCUGUGCAUCUAUGAUUUAUUUCCCUUGUUUCUACUGUUCAUAAGGUCUGGAACUAAACUGUUCCGUGUACAAGGGUUUAACCCUUUGAUUGUUUCGGCAUUUAAUAAGAAAUGGAUUUAAUUGGAUAUUACUUAAACUAUCACUGUCAUAAUGUUCUAGUCGUUGAUGUUUAAUGCAUUUUAGUGGCGUGAUUAUUCUUUAUAAAUCAGAAAUAUAUAGAUCUAAAUAUUCUCUCGAUUUACUUAUAAUAUGCUGUAUUCAUUUGGUACAAAUAACACCUAUAUGACUGCAGCAUCUUAUGGUGGGCUUUUGGCAUUUUUCUUCACUGGCUAAGAAUGAUCACACCUCUGAAGUGACGGAUAGUUAUUAUACUAGUAAUACAUCGUUGUUUUUUGUUUCUUUCACAGCAAUUUACCAAAUUCUCAGGACAAUAAAAAUGGAAAAUGGAACAGUUUUCAACGU